AUGGCGAGACUGAAUGACGAGGGUCAGCCAGACUCGGUAAUUCAUGUCUCCGACCAUAUGCUAAGCCCCCAGCCUCGUGCCCCUCCCGGCAAGGAGCAUCUACUCACUUCCUUUGAGACAUCCCACCUGCCAAACGAGAACGGAUACACAAUCGAUGAUGUUCAAAUGACUAUUCAAGACUAUGAAUACAGUUCCUCAUCAUCCUCAGCCCGACAUUCGACGAGUGAUAUCUUCGGUCGCGAGAUGGACGCCGAGCUGGAUCAGAUGAAGUCUCGGGCGUCGAGUAGCUCGUCUCUAUCUUCCAUUCCAGCUUCGGUGCUCAUACAUCCAAAAGCAAUGGCUGGUAUACCAGCACUUGAUAGCAGCGCCGGGUAUACCUUGGAAGAAGAUGAGAUGAGUUUCGGAGAAUUCGAGGGACCACCGAAGUCGAUACGAACCAUCCGCCAGCGCGAGGCGGCAUUUCGAAAGCCGAGUUCUGUGCGUGCUAUGCAGAUGCACACAGAAGACGAGGCAGAUGACGACGAAUACCUGACACCACCGAGACGCCGAGCAGGCAUACGGUCACCGGGCACAUCGCCGCUGAAACGAUCGCCUUACUAUUCGCCCAACGCUCCCCCGAACAAACCCCAGCCCAAGGUUCAAAAGGAAUACCCGUUAGUUCUUUUGCACUGCAAUCUGCUUGCACCGUCCCUUCCAGUCCCCGGUGCAGCGCUACCGCAGAACCAGAAACUCGUCGAGGAAACACUACCGCCGGAGUAUUGGAAGCGAUGGAGACGGUUGCAGGACAAGGUUGGAUCUGGUGUACUACGCGAUCGAGGAGUAUUGAUCUCCCACCCGGAGGAUCUCUACGACAUAUUGGAAGAGCGGCUGCUAGAGAGUCUCGAAUUACAACGCUCACGACUGCAGCAGGGCCACUUUGUUGGCCACGAAGAAAGCGGGCCCGGGUCUGAGGGUGAACUCUCUGAUCAAGGAGAGAGCGAGACGGACGGCGAGCAAGAUGAAGAAUGCCCAGAUUGUGGUGGGCGUGUCCGGCACGGUGAUAGUAACCGGAAGUGGGAAAUCAAAGUUUUUGCGGCGAACGGACUGAUGCGCGCUGGGGCUUGGGCUGCUGCUUGGAAGGAAAUGGAGAAAGUCGACGUUGAAGUUGGACUCUGGUUGCCAUCUGAUAUACGGCGAGAUCUGGAGAAAAGGCUUGCAGAAGAACACGCAGCCACCUCUGCCGAGGAACUGCUCGGCUCGCCGCUCAUUCACCAGGCUACGCAGUUUGCUAUGGAUCCACGCCGGACGUCCAUCCAUACACAUUCGAGGGCUGUCAGCGAUGCAGUGUCCUUCCGGGCUAGUGUACCACCCUCGGUGGCUCCUUCAGCAAACCCAACAAAUCCCGAAAUGAACUUCUCGCAGGCUGGAAGAGAGAAACAACACGAAGUUGCCCUUCAGACCCUGUUGGUCAAUUACAUCCGUGUGCUUGCUAGUGACAGACGCAAUGUCGCACUGGCUUUCAUGAGUAUAUUGGUCAUGUUCCUUGCUAUUGGUUCAUACCCUCAGCAGCUACCACUUCAGCCCUUUAUGCACUCGCUUCCUCGUGAGAUGGCAGAGUCUCCUGUGAUCCUGACGGUGACUGACGCACCCUUUCUGUCCACUGCCACAUCAAGUGCGUUGAUGUUCGAGACCAUUGGAUUUCCUUUCGCCGCCUCCUCGAUUAUGGCAGCUGAGUCGGCUGUCUCAAGUUCGACUGAAGAACCUGCUUCAACAUCAAUCCUUGGAGAGCCUGAGGCACAACCGAUUGAGCCCACCGAGUCCACCGAGCCUCUCGAGUCUGCUGCUCAUGAGUCUGCUGAGACUGCCGAGCCUGAGACACAGACAACCGAGGCAGAAGCAACAAUUCAAUCUGUGCCCGAGCCAGAUGCGACACUCAUUUUUACAAACGAGGAGCUUGGUCCUGAAGUACCUCCGGUCAUGGACGAAACUGAAGCUGAGCCAGUGAAUGAAUCCGUCGAAGACGAGCCGGAGCAUAUUCUGAAUGUGAGAAGAUAG